AUGCGUCGUUGCAUUUCGCCCGCUACGACGACAACGACAACUACAGCGGCCGUGACCUCGUCAUCCCGAGCUUCUUCUUGCAGGGAUGUUGAUUCUGCAGACAUGCUCGAGCCGCACAAUGCACCGACCAGUAAGGCCCGUCUGCUAUCUCUGAUGGAGACCGGCCUCUCCUCCACUGUUGGGAUGUCACGUCUCAGACGGUGGUUGACGAAGGAGGACAACGACGCGGUGUACCUCAAGGUGCCAAUGUCGGGGAUGACGAAGGAGCAAGUGAAGGUGAGGGCGGAGAAGAACAUCCUGGUGAUCAAGGGCGAGGGCGAGAAGCAGCCCUGGGACAGCGAAGACGACUCCGCGGUGCCGAGGUACAACCGCCGCAUGGAGAUGCCUGCUGACGUGUACAAGAUGCACAAGAUCAAGGCUGAGAUGAAGAAUGGCAUCCUCUGGGUGACCCUGCUCAAGGUGAAGGAGGAGGGGCCCAAGAACAUCUUCCACGUCAAUCUCAAGUUGAGAGGCGAGUCAAGUAGUCCUUAG